CACCAAUGUACAAUUUUCUGUCUUGAUUAUAUAUACUUGCAUUUCGCUAACAAUCCUUGUACCGCUUCGGCGGUACAUAUACUAAAAUUGGAACGAUACAGAGAAGAUUAGCAUGGCCCCUGCGCAAGGAUGACACGCAAAAUCGUGAAGCGUUCCACAUUUUUUUUUCUGCACCUUCCGAAACUUGAAAUUUUUUAUAGGUAGUAAAGGCUUUUAAUGAAGCAAAAUUUAAUUUCGAAGUCAAAGUCUUUUCAUUAACACAUCCCUCCGGAAUCGUUCCAUAAUACAGAUGCUAAAAUAGUUAUCUGAUCAUUUGUCAAUAUCACUUUCUCCAUCAAAGAUAAGAUAUGGGGGAUGACCAACUUGUCUUUAGAUAGUGCUUUUACACCGUUCAGUGCAACGUGAUAUUUUAAAACAUCUAUCAAUCACUUCCAAUGCAGUGGAAUUGUUUCCUUUAGAUAGGUUUACUCCAUUUUGUGGCUGAAUGCAUUAAUUGCUCACUGAAAAAUGAAAUCACAGUGUCUGAUUUUUACAUUGUUAUUAUUAGUUCAUGCAGGGAUGAAUCAAACAUUUAAAUGCCCAUAUUUCUGCUCUUGUGACAAAUGGGAAGGAUUGAAAAGAAUCACUUGUACAGGCCAAAGGCUAGCAAAUUCAGAUAUUAAUGCUCCUCCGCAAGUACAAGUUUUGGACCUCUCUACAAAUUCAAUUUCAGAACUAAGAGACAAAGGCUUUUUUCACAAUCAUCAUUUAAAAUAUUUAAAUGUUAGUCAUAAUAAAAUAACAGAUAUACAUACAAAUGCAUUUUAUGGUUUGACCAAAUUAAAUAUUUUGGAUUUACGGCACAAUCAUUUGAAGUUUCUCAUACCAAAGGCAUUUGAAGAGACACCAAUGCUACAAGAAUUAUAUUUGUCAGGAAAUGAAAUUGGUCAUUUUGGGAAGCCUCCAGUCUUUAACAUUCCCUCACUUCAGUUAUUACACAUGAAAGAAUGCUGGUUAGAUCGCAUCGAUGAACUGACAUUUUCACUUCUGCCAAAUCUGAUGGACUUAGACUUGUCUGAUAAUCAGUUUGUUUUUCUCAAAAUAGAAUAUUUGAGGUCUCUUGAACAAUUAAAUACCUUCGAUAUUACAGGAAAUCCUUGGCAUUGUAAUGAUGAAAUACAAGAGGUUUUAGAAGAACUCAGAGAAAGAAAUGUAAAGGUAACUUCAAUUUGUGAAGUUGAUAGCAGGAUGGAAAUUACAAUCAAUGGAUCAAUGUUUGAUAGAAUAGUAGUAGGUGAUUAUAGUGAUUCUUAUGAAGAUUCUGAGGAGAUUGAGACUUGGGGAAAAGAUAUUUCGGACUUUUGGUAUGAAGAUGGUGAUCCAGUUGAAACCAAUCCUGCAGAGAAUAACGAAGAAUCAAACGUAAAAUAUACAGUUCAUGACUUAAUGGGACAAAUUCCAGCUCUCUGGGCAUUCAUUCUUGGUCUACAGAUUGGAGUUGUUGUAGCAGUACUUGGUAUGUGGGUGUGGCUAAGAUGCAAGUGUUCUCAAGUACCUGCACAACCACCAAUUAGAAUAAGAUCACGGAGCUUAUCCCAGUCUCUUCGUCGCUCUGUAGGCAGGCGUCGUUCCGACAGUAAUUACACAGAACUGGAAUCAGUUGACUGCCCAGGAACACCACCUCCACCUUACAGAGAUGUGGCUCUGAACACUUUUAGAUGAAAGUAAAAUACAAAAUGGUAUUAUAAUAAUUAACAAUGUCAACCCAAAAAAUUCCUGAUGACUGCAAAAUAAGCACAUCAGUUUGCUAUGCUUAUUCUUUGCUAAAAGAAGUUAAAAGGAAAUGGAUUGUAAGAAAUCUGAGGUUUUCACAAGAAAGGUGGAAAUUACAGUUUGAAUUUCCAAUAAUCAAUACAAAUAUUACUCAUUUACCAUUUAUUUUGCAAGUAAAAUAUUUUUUGAACACAUAACUUUUUAUAAAUCUGUGGUUCAAUGCCCAUUAGAUUCUAUAAACAAUACUAAGAAGAUCAGUGUCAGUGAGUAUUAACUCUACACUGUCCAAAUAAUGAAUAACAUUGAGAAUGCAGUCAAAUUUCAUAAAUAAGAAUAUUAACUACAGUUUUACAAUUCUCUCAGUUAAGUCUACAUAACAACUCAUUUUGUAACACAAUGCUUACAUCAUCUAGCAUCCUAUAAAUAAAAAACAUGUUUAAAAAUAUUCUUCCUUCAUAUCAGAUAAUACAUUUGCAUCAUUGGCACAAAAGCAUAUAAUCACAGAAAAACAUUCAUCACAAAGUAUUCUUUUACUCUUUAUUCCCUAACAAUUCUGAUUUACCAUUCUCCGAGAAGUAAAAUCACGGCUUUUUAAUGCAAUCGGACAAAUUCCAUGUUACUUUAAUUUGCUUUAAAAAUGAGUUUUAGUAAUCUGUUUGUGUCAUUUGAUUUUUCAUAUACAGUGAAACUUCUUUGUAACAUUCCUCCAUAUAAUAUUUUUCUUUCUGUUACACCAAUGUUUCGAUAAACCAGAAGGCUCGGGUUCGAAUUCUGGUUGGGGCAACCAAUCUUUUGAACAAAUUUAAUCAUGUAUCUUUUAUAAAUACACAACAUGUUUCACUCCAAAUGCUUACAGAAUCCAAAAUAAUCUGAUAUGUAUGAUCAAUGAGAUGGAUUGAAUGCUACUUUAAUGAAUAAACAAUCCUAUUUAUUUUCACAAUUUAACAUCAUAGUAUCAAAUCAGUUUGGAAAUUUUACAUGUACCUGAAAUACAUUGAUUAAAAAAGAGAGUGAAGAGUUGAAAAGUUUAUUCUUUGAAGUUGGUAACAAACACAUGAAACAGCCAAUUUGACUUAAUUUCAGAAACAACAUACAGUUUUAUUAUAAUAUAAUGCUUGAAGGCUGGUGGGCAAUGCUACACUCAUAUUGUCUGUCACAAUCUGAAAGUAUACAAUUUAUUAUAAAUGAACGGGUGAAAACCAGAAUGGUAUAAGUGACAUUUUAUGUAUUCUCGUAAAUCUGUAAAUUCUUGGUGCUUUGUUCCAUCAUUACAACCAUGGCAUUUCAAUUGUUCAUUAAAUCCACAAUGCCACAACCCCAAAAUCACAUUGUCACUGAAAUAUAACCUAAAAUUAACAU